CGGGAAUCCAGCUCGAUGGGAUCCCUAUCAGGUUACGUCGAACUUCCAUUCCGCCUUGUGGAGGUUCUCCAAGGGAUGACUCGGACCCUCUGGAUUGAUGCAAUAUGCAUUCACCUAUCUUCUGUUGAAGAGAAGAACUACCAAAUACUUGUAAUGGGAAAGAUCUACUCCUAAACGCAAGGAGUAAUGAUUUGGCUGGGCGAAGAAGACGAAGAUAGCGACUUGGGUAUGGAAAUUCUAAGACGAUAGGGAGAUUGCAUAAACAAAGCAAAGGUGACUUGUCAGCAAGAGCUCCUUUCCGUUCGAUGUGCAUGCUCCACUAGAGAGUCCCCUCAAAUCCGGACUCUAACAGGCUGCAAGUACAGGAGGCUGCCAGCUCGGACCAGUCAC